AUGACAGAAAGGGAUAACGAGAGAAGCACCCAAUCAAGCAAUCUAUCAAUCCUUCGAUUUAUAAAAAAGGUUGGAAAGAAGGCAAUUAAAAUACCCAAAAGCACCUAUAAAAAGGUCAAGAAAGGUGUUAAGUAUAUAGCCAAAAAAACUAUUUCCGUCUUUAAAAAAUCAAAGAAAACUAGAAAACCUGAAAACUCUGAUGGUUCUCCUGAGUCAAAUGGAAGUGGUAAUGAGAUGUCUUUGGAAAAGCAUGGCUCUAGCAAGAAAUCACUUUCUCGUGGGCCUUUAAAAAACACUCGGCGAAUCCACCCUUCUCAUGCAAUGCAAAGUAAACAUGUCAUUGUUGACAUAAUUAAUGAUGCAUGCUGCUAUAUAAAUGCAAUAGAGAAGAUUGUUAGAAACAAUCUAACACACUCAAUAGACUCUCGAACACCAUUAGCCAUACUUGAAUACAUGCGGGAAAACAAUCUAGAGAUAUCUACUGCAGUUGAGGCUAUUGAACAAAAGCACAUAGAUAGAAUUCUUAAAGAAAAAGAUAGUCCCUCAGAAACUGUUUCUCGAAGAAUGCCCACCAAUAUAAGAACAAAGAACUGUAUUUUAGAAGAAUUGCAGCCUACAAUCUACCUAAAAUACCUGUUUGCACACAGCCCAGUGCUUCGCAAGAGUUAUACUGGUCUGUAUAAUACUUUGCAGUAUGCACUGACUGUGAGAGCACCACGAACUACCCAUGUAGUAAAUGAUGUGUUUUUAUAUCUUGAGGUGGUUAAGCAAGUUAAACUACAUAUAAUUGAAAAAGUGUCAAAGUUAAAGAGAGCAAGUUGCAACUUUGUUCUCUAUUCCUGCAAAACCACUUCUUCUUAUAUAGAAUAGUUUUUGCU